UAGUUUAUGUUCUUUGGGACCGAAAUUGUGAGGUAGCAAAUUAAAACCGAACCUCACAAAACCAGACCAAACCAAAGCAAGAACCAAAAACAACAAUGACAGAAGCCACACAACCCAGAACCAUAAUCUGCAUCGGCGACAUCCAUGGCUACAUAACCAAACUCCAAAACCUCUGGUCAAAUCUCUCUCACACAAUCCCCCCAUCAAUCUUCUCAACCGCCACAAUCAUCUUCCUCGGCGAUUACUGCGACAGAGGCCCAAAAACCCGCGAAGUUCUCGAUUUUCUCAUCUCCUUACCCACCCGUUACCCGAAUCAACGACACGUCUUCCUCGCCGGUAACCAUGAUUUCGCUUUCGCCGCUUUCCUCCGCCUCCUUCCACCGCCGGCUGAUGGGUCGGAGUUUAGUGAGGGGUGGAAGGAGUAUGAGGAAAGUGAAGAGAGAGAAGGAUGGUUUAAGGAUGAUGGGUAUGAAGAGAUGCAUUUACAAGGGAGGAGGUGGAGUGGGAAAAUAAAAGCCAAAUUUAAUGUUGCUAAAGGGACUGAGUAUCAGGGUUCUAUUUAUGAUGCUGGACCCACUUUUCAGUCUUAUGGGGUUCCUCAUGGUUCUGCUGAUUUGGUUAAGGCAGUUCCUGAUGAGCAUAAGAAAUUUCUCGCGAAUUUGGUUUGGGUGCAUGAAGAGGACGAUGUCUUUAUGAACACUGAUAAUGGAGUCAAGUGCUGCAAGUUGAUAGCUGUUCACGCUGGUUUGGAGAAAGGUGUCGAUGUGAACGAGCAGAUGAAAAUUUUGAAAGCCCGAGAUACUCGGAUACCAAAGAUCCAGGCUUUAAGUGGUAGAAAGAAUGUAUGGGAUAUUCCAGAGGAACUAAGUACAAGUGCAACCAUCAUUGUUAGUGGUCACCAUGCAAAACUUCAUGUUGAAGGCUUAAGGUUGAUAAUUGAUGAAGGCGGUGGAUACCCUGAUAAACCAAUAGCUGCAAUUGUUCUUCCUUCCAUGGAGAUUAUUAAAGAUACUGAUGUAUUGACAAAAUAGAUUCAUACCUGUGAUAGUUUUCCUUGGAGUAAACCCUCAAUUUAGUUAUUACUAUCUCGUAUUUGGUCCUCGAACUGUGCAAAAAUAAUAAACAGUUCUUAAGCUAUUAUUAAUCCAUCAAAUUAGUCCCUCAGUUGCUUCAAAACUAGGAGAGAUAAUGAAAAUUUAGGGACUAACAUGAUGGUCUGAAAUAUUUUAGAGGUUACUUGUUAUAUUUCUAAAGGUCAAGGACUAAAUAGUAGAGAGGGUGGUAAUUUAAAGAUCAAUAGAAGGUUUAGAUAUAAAAUUCAAGUUAUUAAGCUUUGGCUAUCAUAAGCUUUGGUAAAUCAUUGCACUGUUCCCUUAAUGGCAUGGAUUUGAUUCCCUUACUUUUGAAAUGAGUUGAACUAUUUUCUAGGUAUUUAUGUUAGACUCUGUUAUUUAUAUUAGAUUCUGCUACAUGUUAGACCAA